CGAAGAGACGGGAGUGAUGGAUAGCCUGCUAGAGGCCCUGCAAUCCGGAGCUGCUUUCCGAGACCGCAGAAAACGGACUCCAAGGCCUAAAGAUGUACAGGACAAUUUCAGUUCACCGUCAGAGAGGUCUAUUCUAAAGGCUUGUAACCAUGAGAACCAAAAGCCACAAUUUGAGAGAUCACGUUCACGACCAAAUCUCCACUCUAAUGCAGCAAGAGCUCCAGUUGCUAAGGAACUCAGUUAUGAGUUGGAAUCUCUUUCGUCAACAGUAAAAAGCAAGGUUUCAGCUAGGAAAGAAGUGUGCAGUUCAGAAGGUCACAAAGAAAAAGGGCAAGGCCAUAGCUCUGCAGCCAAAGCAGAGUCUAUUCCUGAAGUGGAAGCUCUCCUUGCAAGAUUGCGUGCUCUAUGAUUUCAAAAGAGUGUUCCAUGUUGAUUUAAUCAAAAGGUUUUGUCAAAAACAAGAUGUAAUUUAAACCUCCAGCAAGUAAAAUCUGUGUCUCUGGCUACACUGCUAUGAAUUAAUUUUGUAUUUACUCGCUGCUAUAUUUGUAGCUACAAUCUUAA